GGCAGGAUGAAGCUUCUCGGCGGGUCGAUGGAGCUUCUCCUCUUCCUCCUCUGUGUUCCAGGCUGCCUCGCCGCUCAUGGUCGCUACGCCCAGAAGCUGAUGAGCGACUUGUUCACCAACUACACCAGCGCUCUGCGGCCGGUGGAGGACACGGACCACAUCAUCAACGUCACGCUGCAGAUCACUCUCUCCCAGAUCAUCGACAUGGAUGAGCGGAACCAGAUCCUGACCACCUACCUGUGGAUCCGCCAGGUGUGGAUGGACGCCUACCUCACCUGGAAGAAGGAGGACUACGAUGGACUGGACACCAUCCGCAUACCCAGCAGCUAUGUUUGGAGACCCGACAUCGUGCUGUACAACAGUGCUGACGACGAGUUCUCCAGCUCCAUGGAGACCAACGUGGUCCUCCGCAACGACGGCCAGGUCAUGUGGGACCAGCCGGCCAUCACCAAGAGCUCCUGCUCGGUGGACGUGGCCUUCUUCCCCUUCGACCUGCAGCAGUGCCACUUGACCUUCGGCUCCUGGACUCACAACGGGAACCAGAUGGACCUGUUCAACGCCUUGGACAGCGCCGACUUGGCCGAUUUCGUCCCUAAUGUGGAGUGGGAGGUUCUGGGCAUGCCAGCUAAGAAGAACGUCAUUCUGUACGGCUGCUGCUCUGAUCCGUACCCGGACAUCACCUUCAGCCUCCAUCUAAAGAGACGGGCCUCCUUCUACAUCUUCAACCUCCUCAUCCCCUGCAUGAUGAUUUCCUUCCUGGCUCCGCUGGGCUUCUACCUGCCGGCAGACUCGGGGGAAAAGGUUUCGCUGGGCGUCACAGUGCUGCUGGCCCUCACCGUGUUCCAGCUGUUGGUGGCUGAGAGCAUGCCGCCCUCCGAGAGCGUACCGCUGAUUGGGAAGUACUACAUCGCAACCAUGACGAUGGUCACAGCGUCCACGGCGCUCACCAUCUUCAUCAUGAACAUCCACCACUGCGGCCCGGAGGCCCGGCCCGUGCCCCCGUGGGCCGAGCGCUUCAUCCUCAACUACCUGGCCCGCGUCUGCUUCGUCUACGAGGCCGGAGAGAACUGCCUGGGCGCCGCCGCCAAGCAGCGGGCUCCUCCUCCCGAAGCGGACGCCAGGGGGAGGAGCUGGGACGUGAACGGGCGGGUGUGGGCGGGGAGGGUGGUGGAGGAGGAAGGAGAUGGCGAGUCCCUGGAGCUCAGGCGGGAUCUGACCACCCAGACGGACUGGAAGGAGGACAUGUUCGUGACCGUCGACCACUCGGAGCAGGAAGGAGCUGCUGGAGGGCGCCAGCCGGAGGGGGCGGAGUCAAACUGUGGAGGAGGAGGUGAGCACGUCGAGGAGAAGAAAGGCGGGGGAGGAGAGGUGGGAGGACGGAAGGAGAUCCCGGGGCGGACGCCGUGUCAGCAUGGGGGGCUGUGCAGGAACGUGGAGUACAUCGCCAACUCGUACCAGGACCAGCGGGCCGCCCAGCUGAGGGUCGGCGAGUGGAGGAAGGUCGCCAAGGUCAUGGAUCGCUUCUUCAUGUGGCUCUUCUUCGUCAUGGUCUUCUUCAUGAGCAUCCUCAUCCUGGGAAAAGCUAUCUGAGGGAGGUCUGGCCGAGAGAGGGUUGUGGGUAAAAGAAUCAUUUAAGGGUUUCUUUUUUACAGAAUUUCGUCUCCUCAGCGUUAUGAAGCUUUUCAUGAAGUCCUUCUGACAUUUGAUGGUCAGGUGUAAGUAAAGUGAUUUAUUUAAAAACAGAAGAACAGUGGUUACCAAGAGCACAGAAAAAGAAGGGUUCCUGAAUGGUUUUCCAAAAGCAAGUGAGGUUCCACUCAGAACCUCCACCACUGGAGAAGCCUUGAUCUGAUGGUAUGAAGCGGAGGUGAAGCUCGAAAACCCUCGUUAUUAUCAUUUAAUCAGAGGGACUGACAUGAACUAUUUCAUAAAGCAACACACACUAAUGCACAUGUAAAAAGUGAACGAAAUACUGAGAUCUGCAGCGCUGCAGAGGAAGAGCAGCUGAUGGGAACAGUAUUACAACACGUGAAGGGUUUUAUCAAAGAAAGGGUUAAAUGAGACUUUGAAGUUUAAACGUCAUUAUUAAAAGUUAAUCUACUAGGAUCUGUUUGAUCUGUUUGUGGUGAUCGAAACUAAAAGAAAUAUUUGAGGAGUGUGAGUAUUUGUUUACAGGAAUGAACGCGCACACACACAACUCUUACUAUCUGCACAACACUUUUUCACACAAGUGCGAGUGUUUUCAAAAAUUAUAGAUGCAUAGAAAGUGAAGUAUUGGAUUCCAUCCUUUUCUCUAUUAUUUUAAUGCAAUGAAAAUGAGGAGAAAUGGACGUGAAAUGGGGAUAUUGUAAAUCCAGAUGUAACCGAUGAUGAAGAAGGCUGACCUUCCUCCUGAAGCUUUUUAAUCUGAACCCUUUGAUUAAAGAGAAAAAAUAAAUUGAAUUCAACUUUUCACGCCUGUUUACAAAUUAAAUGUAUUCUGGAGUAAUUUUUUGCAGUGUUUGUAAUCUUGUGUAAUGCAAGAAGAAAUGACACAUUUUUCACUGUAAGUGCUUAUAUAUCCUGUUUGUGUGCUAAUGAGGACCUAUUUACAUAUUGUUGACUCCAUAAAAUACAAUAAAACG